ACAUCCUCCUAAUGUCUCCCUCCCUUUCCUUCUGAGACGCACGCCCCGUCUCUCUCUUUCUCUUUUAGCGUUCGUUUGUCCGUGUCGCUCGCUCGAGAGACGACAUAACACACUCGCUUUUCUGCUUUGGAAUUUAGCUUCAGCUCAGCUCUUCUUCCCCACGCCAGCGCCCCCUGGGUCUUCUACAAACAGCUCCCGCUCACUCUCUCGAAAAACACCUCCCAGACGACCCUUCGAAAUCCUCAUAAUAACAUCAAUCACCCUCGAAAACCACACACGAACCCUCCCACGAACACCCUCAUAACUACACCUCCCACCACCACUCGCCCACCGGGCCACGCCCACGGGCACAACCACCACAACCCCCAUCACCAUGGCCCAACCCACCACCCUCGCCCCCCCCUCCGGCGCCCACUCCCAAACAUCCCUCCCCUCUCUCCCCGCCCACCUCCAAUCCGACACGCACCUCACCGCGCACCUGGCGAGCAGAUUCCACGUCUCGCUCCCGACAGCGCAGCUCAGUAGUCAUGCAUUGCUGAGUCUCAAUACGUAUGCGGGGAGCACGAAGGGGCCGGGGGGGGGGAGGGAGGGGAGCGCGAUGGCGGGGGCGGAGGAUGUGGCCGAGAGGGCGUAUUUGAGGUUGGGUGCUAGGUCGGAGAAUCAGGCGGUGGUGUUUUUGGGUGAAUCGGGAUCAGGAAAGACGACUCUACGCUCACAUCUCCUCUCUGCUGUUCUGGCGAAAUCGGCCACCCCGCUCUCUCAGAAACUAUCCCUCGCCGCAUACGUCUUCGACACCCUCACCACCACAAAAACAGCUACCACCCCCACCGCCUCCAAGGCCGGCCUCUUCUUCGAACUCCAGUACGAAACCGCCGGCGCUACAAACCCCAGCCUGAUCGGUGGAAAACUGCUCGAUCACCGACUGGAACGCACACGCGUUGCUUCAGUGCCAACGGGAGAGCGCAACUUCCAUGUCCUAUACUACCUCCUCGCUGGCACCAGCGGCGCUGAGAAAGCCCAUUUGGGUCUUGACGAUAGCCACGGCGGCGUGCUCGAGUCUAACCAGGGCGCGCAGAAGCGAUGGAGAUACCUCGGACACCCUACCCAGCUCAAGGCGGGGAUCAACGACGCGGAGGGCUUCACGCUGUUCAAGACUGCCCUGCGCAAGCUCGAGUUCCCCCGCAGCGUCAUCGCAGAGGUCUGCCAAGUCCUCGCAGCAAUCCUGCACAUCGGGCAGCUCGAGUUCGAGACCGCGGACGACACGGCCGCCACAGGCGAUGACAGCGGUGGCUACUCCCACGAAGGCGGCCAGAGCUCCACCGUCGUCAAGAACAAGGAUACCCUCGCCAUCAUCGCGGCGUUCCUGCAGGUGAGCGCUGCGGACCUGCAGACGACGUUGGGGUAUAAGACGAAGAUCCUCAGUCGGGAGAGAGUUACUAUCAUGCUUGAUCCCAAGGGCGCGAGGGAGAAUGCGGAUGAGUUGGCGAGAACGCUGUAUUCCCUGCUCGUGGCGCUGUUGAUUGAGAAUAUCAACCAGAGGCUGUGUGCUGUGGAGGAGGCGGUCACGAAUACCAUCUCCAUUGUCGAUUUCCCGGGUUUCGCGCAGCAGUCAUCGUCGAACUCGCAUCUGGAUCAGUUGCUCAAUAAUGCCGCAGCGGAAUCGUUGUAUAACUUCUCUCUCCACAACUUCUUCGAGCGCAAGGCCGAGAUCCUCGAGCAGGAAGAAGUCAACGUCGCAGCGACGUCCUAUUUCGAUAACUCCGAUGCCGUCACGGGACUCCUCAAGCCAGGAAACGGCCUCCUCAGCAUCCUCGACGACCAGACCCGCAAGAACCGCACAGAUAUCCAACUCCUCGAGAGUCUGCGCCGCCGCUUCGAGGGUAAGAACCCCGCCAUCUCAGUCGGUAGCGCGACGGCCAAGCUGCCGGGCUCCAACUUCGCCAGCUUCAACACCGCGGCGUCGUUCACGGUCAAGCAUUUCGCGGGCGAGGUCGAGUACCCCGUCGCUGGCCUCGUGGAGGCGAAUGGCGAGAUCAUCUCGGGUGAUCUGAUGAACCUGAUCAGUUCUACUAAGAGCGAUUUCGUAGGCCAGCUCUUUGGACAGGAGGCUCUGCAGACGGUCGUUCAUCCCCAGGAGAAGACGACGAUCAUGCAAGCACAGGUCUCCUCCAAACCCCUCCGCAAGCCCAGCGUCAUGCGCAAGGGCCGCACCCCGAAACUGACCAUGAAAUUCGGCGCUGAGGACGACGACGACGUCGCUGCUGAUGAAGGCGGCGACAUCGGCGAGAAAUCGAAGACCAAGGGUGGAAAGAAGGGGCGCAACGACAAAGACCAAUCCCAGCAGGGCGCCGCGGCCCAGUUCCUAAGCUCCAUCGACAAUGUCACCAAAUCCCUCUCCGCUCCAAACACAAACUCCUACUUCAUCAUGUGUCUCAAGCCCAACGACCGCCGCAUCGCCAACCAAUUCGACAGUAAGUGUGUGCGAACCCAGCUGCAGACCUUUGGCAUAGCCGAGAUCAGCCAGCGUCUCCGCAACGCGGAUUUCAGCAUCUUCCUCCCCUUCGGCGAGUUCGUUGCUCUCGCGGAGUCGGAGCAGAUCCUCGUAGGCAGCGAGAAGGAGAAGGUCGAGAUGGUGGUUGAUGCAAGGAGAUGGCCGAGUAAUGAGGCGUUGGUGGGGAGCACGGGGAUCUUCCUUAGUGAGAGGUGUUGGCUCUCCAUCGCGAAUCUGAGAGAGAGUCUUGGUGGUCGGUACGUCAACAGCGAUGAUGGCGUUGAUGGCCUGUCCCCGGGUGAUCCACACGGCAGCUACAGCAAUUCGCGCGAAGGCCUGCCCUUGAUCUCUGGCCGUGGCGGGUCGCCCGCAGGCUACUUCGGCGCGUCGGAUACGCGCUCCGAGGCUGGGGUGUCUGUGUUCGGAAAGGGGGAUAUGUUCCGCGACAUGGAUACGCGGCAGCAGAUGGCGGAGCGCGGGAACGAGAAGACGAUGGUGGAGGUGGAGGAGGUGAAGACGAGCGGGAGCCGAAAGAGAUGGGUCUUCUUCGUGUACCUCCUCACGUGGUUCAUUCCGGAUUUCCUGAUCCGCUGGAUUGGAAGGAUGAAGCGCAAGGAUGUGAGGAUGGCGUGGAGAGAGAAGCUGGCGAUUAACUUUAUGAUUUGGUUCAGUUGUCUCUUCUUCGUCUUCUUCAUCGUCGUCUUUCCCAUGCUUAUUUGCCCGCGCCAACACGUCUACAGCCCGUCGGAAUUGACGUCGUAUAACGGCAAGUCUGGCAGUCCUGGCGCAUUCGUCGCGAUCAGGGGUAUGGUAUUCGACCUCAACUCCUUCGCCACGCGCCACAUCCCCAACCUAGUCGACUCUAAAGACGUCCUCGCCUACGCCGGUCUAGACGCCACCUCCCUCUUCCCCGUCCAAGUCUCCGCCCUGUGCGAAGGCAAAGACGGACCCAUCGACGGCUCCGUCCAGCUCGAUUUCACGCCUACGAAUAUCACGGGCUCGGCGAAUCAGAUCGGUGCCGCGGAUCCGAAUAGACAGUACCACGAUUUCCGCCUGUUCACGGACGAUCCGCGCCCGGACUGGCUGGCGCAGCAGGUUCGUAUGCUGCGCGCUGGGUACUUCAAGGGGAACCUCGGGUACACGUCCAAGUACGUCGCGACGCUCGGGCAGAAACAGCAGAUCGCCAUAUUGAACGGGCGCAUCUACGAUUUCACGAAGUAUCUCCAAGGCGGCCAGAAGCUGGAGCAGAUCGGGAGUAACCCCCUCCCCACCGACCAGGCGGCCGCGAAGCAGUUUAUGGAGCCGCUGGUUGUCAGCCUGUUCGAGCAGCGCGCCGGGGAGGACGUGUCGAAGCAGUGGGAGGCGCUUGCUUUGUCUACGGAGCUGAAGUCGCGGAUGUUGCUGUGUAUGAAUAAUCUGUUUUACGUCGGGGAUCUGGAUACGCGUAACUCGGUCAAGUGCCAGUUCGCGUCGUAUCUGAUCCUCGCUAUCACGAUCAUCCUGUGCAGUGUCAUCGUCUUCAAGUUCCUGGCUGCGCUGCAGUUUGGCACUAAGAAUGUGCCCGAGAACCUGGAUAAGUUCAUCAUCUGCCAGGUCCCGGCGUAUACGGAAGAUGAGGAGUCCCUCCGCCGUGCUAUCGAUUCCGUGGCGCGCAUGAAGUAUGAUGAUAAGAGGAAACUCCUCGUCAUUGUCUGCGAUGGUAUGAUUAUCGGCCAAGGAAACGACAAGCCCACCCCCCGCAUCGUCCUCGACAUCCUCGGCGUUGACGAGACCGUCGACCCUGAACCCCUCUCCUUCGAAUCCCUCGGCGAAGGCGCCAAGCAGCACAAUAUGGGCAAAUGCUACUCCGGUCUGUACGAAGUCCAGGGCCACAUCGUGCCUUUCCUCGUGCUCGUCAAGAUUGGUAAACCCUCUGAGGUGUCGAGACCGGGUAACAGAGGAAAGCGUGAUUCUCAGAUGCUGAUGAUGCGUUUCCUUAAUCGCGUGCAUUAUAAUGCUCCUAUGAACCCGCUGGAGUUGGAGAUGUACCACCAGAUCCGCAAUAUCAUCGGUGUUAACCCGACUUUCUACGAGUUCAUGCUCCAGAUUGAUGCUGAUACCGUCGUUGCCCCCGACUCGGGGAGUCGCAUGGUCUCCGCCUUCUUGGAUGAUACGCGCCUCAUCGGUGUCUGCGGCGAGACGGCCAUCGCCAACGCCAAAGCGACAUUCAUCACUAUGAUCCAGGUCUACGAAUACUACAUCUCCCACAACCUCUCCAAAGCCUUCGAGUCCCUCUUUGGCAGCGUCACUUGUUUGCCUGGUUGUUUCACCAUGUACCGCAUCCGCGCCGCCGACUCCGGGAAGCCGCUCUUCGUGUCUAGAGAGGUUAUUGAAGCGUACGCUAAUAUCCGCGUCGACACUUUGCAUAUGAAGAACCUCCUCCAUCUGGGAGAAGACAGAUACCUCACCACCCUCCUCCUGAAAUAUCAUUCUAAGUAUAAGACCAAAUACAUCUUCGACGCGCACGCCUGGACCGUCGCCCCCGAUGACUGGAAGAUCUUCCUAUCCCAACGUCGUCGCUGGAUCAACUCCACAGUCCACAACCUCCUCGAACUGGCGCCCAUGAACGAACUCUGCGGAUUCUGCUGCUUCAGCAUGCGCUUCGUCGUGUUCAUCGAUCUCCUCUCCACUGUCGUGCAACCCGUCACUCUGGCGUACAUCGCGUAUCUAAUCUACAUGGUCGUCUCCAACCCCGACGUCAUCCCCAUCACCGCCUUCAUUCUGUUAGGAGCCAUCUACGGUCUGCAAGCAAUCAUCUUCAUCCUCCGCCGCAAAUGGGAGAUGAUCGGCUGGAUGAUCCUCUACAUCGUCGCAAUCCCCGUUUUCUCCUUCGCCCUCCCGCUCUACUCAUUCUGGCACAUGGACGAUUUCUCAUGGGGUAACACCCGUGUCGUUACUGGUGAGAAGGGGAGGAAAGUCGUCAUCACUGAUGAGGGCGUUUUUGAUCCCUCCGCUAUCCCGAAGAAGAGGUGGGAGGAGUAUCAGGCUGAGCUUUGGGAUGCGCAGACUGUCCGCGAUGAUAGAUCCGAGGUCUCGGGGUACAGUUACGCUACUAAAUCUUUCCACCCCUACGGUGCCCCAGCCUCGGAAUUCGGCGCCAUGCCACCAAGUCGUCCUAUGUCCGCCGCCGGUGGCGCCGCAGGUCAAUUCGGCAGCGCGAACCCCUACCGCGGAUCUAUGGCGGGGAUGGGCGACGGACGCAUGUCCACCUACGGGGGUGGGGGGGAGGUGGAAAUGGCUGACCUGGCGGGGUUGCCGAGCGAUGACGCGCUGUUGGCGGAGAUUAGGGAUGUGCUUGCUACGAGCGACUUGAUGAGUGUUAGUAAGAAGAGUGUUAAGGCGGAGUUGGAGCGGAGGUUUGGGGUUGGGUUGGAGGCGAGGAGGGCGUAUAUUAAUAGUGCUACUGAGGCGCUGUUGUCGAGUCAACUUUGAGAACCUCGCACGCCGAUUCGGGUGUGUUUGUGGUAGAGAGGAGGAAAGAAGGGGAUGCAAGCAAUAACGCGACGAAAACGACCUUCUUCAAACCCCCCUCUAACCCCUUUGUGGAAUAAACUACGUACGCUAUCUUGUUGUAAUCUCUCUUCGCGUUUGCUUUUUGUUGUUAAUUUGCUAUUUUGAUUUUUUGGGGGACAAAGGGAGGGGAAAUGGAUUUUGCGUGCAUUCUUUUUUGGAAAAGGGGAGGUGGGAGCUGGUGAUUUUUUGUGAAUUUUUUUUAAUACUGUCGCGCGGAGGUGGAGAAGGAAGGGG